GUUCUGCAGCAGUGUGAUGAACAGUUUUUGCUUCUAGGCAGUUCUGUAAAGACUCUGAGCGGAUACAAGAUGGCAUCCCAGCGGCUCUAUUUGAGGUUAAUGUGGCUGGCUGUAUUGCUGACAUUCGUGGCUCUUAGAGAUGUAUCCAGUAACAGCAGCUUGCUGAAGAUCUUAAGGAAACGAGAUGUGGCAGGAGCAGCUACUGCCCCCUCCAAGUCCUCUGUUGCCAUUUCCUCUUCCAAAGCCCAGGAGUUCCUGGCAAAGCUGAGCAGAACCAAGAGGAGCCUUUGGGAUCGUAGCAGACCAGAUGUGCAGCAGUGGAUUAUGCAGUUUAUGUACAUGGGAUUUGAUGAGCAGAGGCUGGAGACCGACUUGUCGUACUGGAUGGACCAAGCUCGCUCCCGUGACCAGGGGCGUCAGCACCACUACGAUGAAAACGCCGCCAUCGGCCCGCGUGACCCCAGUUCUUACAGACACGGCGCCAAUGUCAACUACGACUAUUAUUGACUGUGAUACCUUCACACAUGCCAUGCAGCUGUCAAUAUCCCCCUAGUCCACAGCUGCUCUAUAACCAAUAUAACACACCCUCAACACUUUCUCUCCAUCUUCAUUAUCAUCAACGUCGUAGUUAGAGCAAAGGUGAUGGUCAAUGACAGUAAAAACACAACUAUGUGUGCUAUUUACAUUUUUAAAAGUAAUGUUUUGAGGCAGUUGAUUUGUAUGAAUUACUGUUAAAAACUCUUCUCUUAUCACUAGAUUAUUGCAAAUAAAGAUGUUGCUUCGUAC